AUGAGCUCUCCUCUUAUUCUUGUCCCACUGAUUUUCCUUACUAUCAGUUUCUACUUGUUUUUCGAUCUAGAAUCUAAGAAUGAAUCAAUUAUCGAUUUUUCAAAACUGGAGUGUCAGAAGAUGUUCGAUGGGGAUCGGGAGGCAUUGGCAAGAGGGACGCAGUUCAAAUUUAAUGAUUCGAGAAUUCUGGAAAUUCUAGAGAAUUCGAAAAAUGAGAAAUGUGAAAAAUUUCAAGAAAUCUUUGGAUUCUUCUUGGAGCCGAAAUCUCAAGAAGAGGCGGAUUUUUCAUUGGCUUAUGGGAUGUUGGUACAUGAGAAUUUUGUUCAGCUCUCCCUGCUUCUUUCGGCUAUCUAUCAACCUCAGAAUCAAUUUUGCUUGGCAAUCGACGGAAAUUCCACAAGAGAAUUUAUAGAAUCAAUUAAGUUACUGUCUACUUGUUAUCCAAAUAUUCAUUAUUUUGUUACUGAUGAAAUCCGAUGGUGUGGUUAUGAGAUUCUAACUUCUGUCUUUAAAUGCGUCGAUUUUUUGGCAAAACUUCCGAGCAACUGGAGAUAUUUUCAGUAUCUCUCCGGAGUUGAUGCGCCUUUAAAGUCAAAUUUGGAGACUGUAAAAAUUCUGAAAGCUCUAAAUGGAUCAUUUAACGCCGAAAUCAGUCCAUUUGAAUAUUAUCGAUUAAAUCGGAAGCUGCCCCGAAACUCUCCUCUUCCUCUAUUCAAGACCUCCCUAUCAGCAACAUUUUCCAGGGAAUCUGCGAAUUUUAUGAUUUCCAAUACGAAAGUUCUAGAACAAAUCGAAUUCCUGCGAGGCACCACUUGUGCCGACGAAUCGCUAUGGGCUACGGUAGCUGGGAAUCCAAAAAAACUCGCCAUGCCCGGUGGAUUUGACGCCAGGAAAUGGCUCAGAAAAUCAAGCCACUUCAAAAAAAGGGGUAAUCAAUCAAUCGAUAAUUCUUAUUAUGUCUCCAGAUAUCAACAAUAUGUGAACAUGCCGCCCGCAAAGUGUCAAGAGCUCUAG